AUGUCAGGCGCAGUGAAAGACGGAGCGAGAGCACCAGGUGAAGGUCAGAGGACUGAAAUGAUCCAGGUUGCCGUUAAAAGUCUCACGGAGAGCAAAGACUUCACCGUUAGAGGAGACUGCACCGUCAGACAGCUGAAACGGGGUCUAUCAGAGCGCCUGGGAGCCUCAGCAGAGCAGCUGGUGCUGAUCCACUCCGGCCGGGUCCUCAAAGAGUCAGAGAUCCUGAGUCACCUUAAGGGACCGAAUGAGUCGGUCAGCCUUGGCAUGAUCCGAAGGCCUCAGUUUACUUCUUCACCGGCCACCGGUGAUCCAGCUUCAGAGACGGUCCAGUCAGAGCUCACAGAUGUUCUCGACCCUGAUCACGAUAACCUCACACCAUCUCCCACCUCUCCUCUCUGCCUGGUGGAAAGUCUGGACAGUCUUGGCCUAACAAACAGUGGGCCUGGCUUUUUCCCUGCACUCCAGCAGCAGAUGGAGAAGCAGCUGUUGGCUGACCCAGAACUGAUGCACUGUGUCCUGGGCAGCACUCUUGUCCAGAGCACCCUCUCUACCUCCAGCCCCCAAAUAACCAGGCAGCUAAUUUUGUCUAAUCCCCAAAUCCAGCAGCUCCUAGAGACAAACCCAGAGGUGGGGGGCAUGCUUAACAACACAGACAUCAUCACACAGGUGCUGGAGCUCGUCCGGAACCCUGACAUGAUAGAGGAACUGUUGCGUAAUGAAGACAGAGCAUUAGACAAUUUGCAACCAGAGCAGAACAACCCUGAAACCAUUUCUGGCGACUCUGAUGGCCUUCAGAAAUCUGAAGGAAAAACACAGAAAAAUACUCUCAAACUAUCACAGACACGAGUGUCUCCAGUGGGGACUACCUCAUCUGGGGCUCAACAGACACCCAAAGGAAAAAGAGACCAGACACCGCCCUUCUCCAGUCACUCCACAGAUCCUCUCAGAGACCUGACUGCCACACCCACAGCUGAUCCAAACCCUCAGAGCACUACUACUGCAGGCAUGCAGUCACUGCUGGAGGAGAUCACGGCCAGUCCAGGUCUGAUGGAAAGCCUGCUGUCUGGGCCAUACGUCAGCAGUCUUCUGAAAUGCCUCAGUCAGAACCCUGACCUGGCGGCACAGAUGCUGCUGAGCCACCCUUUGUUCUCAGGGAAUCCUCAGCUACAGCAGCAGAUGAGACAGCAGCUCCCCCUCUUCCUGCAACAGAUGCAGAGUCCAGAGCUGCUGUCAGCCAUGUUGAACCCCAGAGCCAUGGAGGCUCUGCUACAGAUCCAGCAGGGUCUACAGACUCUGGCUGCAGAGGCUCCCGCCCUCAUACCUGUGGCUGGACUUGGAAACACUGGAGCCAGUGUGAGUGUUGCCCCUGAGCUCGCAUCUGACUCUGUCCUGAACAGCCAAUCAGAAAAUGGUCCUCAGGUCGCCACGGUGACAGAGCAGCAGCAGCAAUUCGUACAACAGAUGCUGCAGGCGCUGGCUAACACCAACAAUGGGGUCCAUCAUGAGGAGGCUGAGUUCCAGGAGGAGCUGGAGCAGCUGAGCUCAAUGGGCUUCAGAGACAGACAGGCAAACCUCCAGGCCCUAAUCAGCACAGGAGGAGACCUCAACACUGCCAUACAACGUCUGCUCAAUCUCUGACACACACACACACAGAUGUUGAUCUGUGCAUGUAUACAUAUGUAAGUGAACGCAUAUGCGCUAAUAUUUGCAUAUAAUCACCUACACUCAAUCAAAAAUAAUAAACUCAAUAUUAACAAGUUCAAAGUGCUUUACAAAAAUCAAACACAAGAGACGUGCAAGCCAUAUAUGUAUUGCUGAGACAUAUUAAUUCCAUAACUUCCCGUACUAACCUCUGUUUACAGUAGAAAAGUAUAUUGAUAAAAGUCACCCUUACUCUAGAAUGUUCUACACUUGUUUUUCCUUAUCUGAGUUGAAGGUGGAUGCCAUAUCCUGAACAGAGUGUAAUGCCCCUUUUGGCAAAUCUGUGAUUUUAGGCUCUAUAAAUACACGUAAAAACAGACUUUAUUUGCUGUUUACCAAAUGAGAACUGAUAAAGCAUGCAUAUUUACCUUUUUGUCCUUUCAAAGUGCGCACCUUUAGUUAAUAUUAAGGUAGAAAUAAAAGAAUAAAUAAAGUACAGAUACUAAAAUCCAUCUCACAUACUGUAGACUUGUAGUAAUUGCAUAAAUAUUCAGAGUUAGGUCAUGUAUAGUUAAUCUCUGUGCAGACACACCAUGAAGCCCAGGCUUCUUUUCAUCUUGCCACAUGGACAGAGUUUAAUGAAACCUUUUAAGACCCAGAGAGUAAACAGAUUGAACCAGGAGCACAAUCUGUUGUCUGCUGCAAAUGAUUAUGUUCAUUAUCAAUUAAUCUUUCAAUUUUAUUUUCUUUUACGUUUAAUAUAUUAAUCGUUCAGUCUAAAAAAUAUCAGAAAAUAGGAAAAAUAUCUAUCACAACUUUUCCUAAAGUGACGUCUUCAUCUUGCUCAUUUUGUUCAGCUAGUAGUCCAAAAUGCAGAAGAUGUUCAUUUCACACUUAUAUAACAUAGAAAAGGUGCAAAUCCUCACAUUUCAGAAGCUCCAAAACAUAAUGUUGUACCUAGAGUUGGUGUAGAGAUCAAGAGC